UUGCAAAUUCACGCCACUCCGCAUAUAAAUUUCCAGAUCCACUUAUCACUCGACUCCUGAGUUCAUUCGCACAACAACACCGAAACAAUCUAUUUUCAGCCAUCCCCGUUGCCACCGCUAGGAUGACACCUAAUCUUUUCCUCGCAACCCAAAAGGUCUUCUCGCCGCACAAAUGGUUCAAAACAUCCAAGAGUGAGCGCUCGGUAAGACAGACUGAGUACUGGGAAGAGGGCCCCGUCCCUGGUCUCUACGAGUACAUCCCUGGCCGAGGAAAGUACCUGAUCGCGACACUCAAAGAUAUUCCCGCGGCCGCUAUCGAGUCCAAGGAUCCCGAGGGUGGUCCUGUGCUACCAGCCGCAUCACCGCAGACCAAGGAGUAUGUCCAACUCGAGAACCCCAUCCCAAUCAUAUAUAGCCGAGCAGUCAAACGCUGGUUCCUGGAUCCCGACUACAAGUUGCGAAAGAAGUCUGGCUCUAUAAAGAACGAGCGCGGCAAGCGAGUUGAAGUUGGCUUCUUCCGGACCGACGACCACGGCGGCAUCGCUUGGGUUCAAUGUUGGGACGAAGAGGGAACCUUCAUCCCUGGCCCCUACCAGAAGUGGUGUAUCGAUGUUGAAACCAAGCAAUUUCGACAUAUGCGCAAGCGCGACGACCCCAACUAUAUCCGCUCACGGAAUAACUCGCCAGAUCGCGAUGCCGAUUCCCAUAGCCAGGACUCGAUGAGCACCGAGAUCCGGAGCAGCCGUCCCGGUAGCACGAGGAAUGGCCCUAGCCUUCCCAGCACCCGGGCGAACAGCAUCCGUCACAUGCCUUCCUACUCGACAUCAAGACCCAACAGCCAGCGCCCUUCACGACAGAACAGUCCCAAGCGCAACAACAGCAUUCCGCUCGAGGAGGCCAAAGCGUCUCUGAGACGCAUGGCUCGUGAGCACGAAGAGGCUGUCGCUGCGGCUGCUGCGGCAGGAAUCCGUACAAACUCCAAGGACCGCGUCGAGCGCAUCGAGCGCGGACGACCCACGGCGCGCGUUGGCAGCUAAAAAGCUUUCUCUUCUUUCUCCUACUGGCGUUUUCUGUUUGCGGACAGCAUGUGGCUAGCGAUUCUUUUGCAAACUGGCUUACAGGCGUUUGACUUUCAACGGGAUGGGUAAACUACUACACGUGGCGCUCUGGGCCUUCACCCCGCUACUAUAUUCACGACUUUUUUUUUCGAACGGUUUUCUCGUCAUA